GCCCAAUUUCGCAACAUAUUUGUUAGAUUAGCUGCCUCCCAAUUCACCAUUGCCAUUACGUUCUCUCGCUUCAUCGGCAGCCAUGGUGAACGUGCCUAAGACAAAGAAGACUUACUGCAAGAGCAAGGAGUGCAGAAAACACACCUUGCACAAGGUUACCCAAUAUAAGAAGGGUAAGGAUAGUUUGGCCGCUCAAGGGAAGCGUCGUUACGAUCGCAAACAGUCCGGUUAUGGUGGUCAGACCAAGCCCGUGUUCCACAAGAAGGCAAAGACUACCAAGAAGAUUGUGCUAAGGCUGCAAUGUCAGGGUUGCAAACAUGUCUCCCAACAUCCAAUCAAGAGGUGCAAGCACUUUGAGAUCGGUGGGGACAAGAAGGGGAAGGGAACAUCUCUUUUCUAACUAAAUGUGUUAACUCAUAUAUAAUAUACUUUGUUAGUUUUACUUUGCUGCAGUUGUUGGAACCAAAAGCAAUAUAGAAUUUUGUUGAGUUUGGUUUUAGUUUUCUGAUAUAGGGGAUAUUUUUUUUGUUUUCAUUACUUAAUGACAUCUGUUAUUGUCACAAUUAGUAAUUAUUU